UUUUACAGUUCAACAGAAGAGCAGUUUCAUUGGCAAACGCAAGACGGUCAGAAGGAUAUAGAGGAUGAGCUCACAACUGGUCUUGAGCUGGUGGACUCCUGUAUUAGAUCACUGCAGGAGUCAGGAAUACUUGAUCCACAGGACUAUUCAACUAGUGAAACUGGGUCUCGGGCAUCUUACAGCAGCCAGCACAGCCACCUUGGCUCCGAAUUAAGGGCGCUGCAGUCUCCAGAGCACCAUAUAGAUCCUAUUUACGAAGAUAGAGUGUAUCAGAAGCCCCCUAUGAGGAGUCUCAGCCAGAGUCAGGGGGACCCACUGCAACCAGCACAUACAGGAACUUAUCGCACUAGCACGGCCCCAUCUUCCCCUGGUGUCGACUCCGUACCCUUACAGCGCACAGGCAGUCAGCACGGCACACAGAACGCAACAUCGACCUUCCAGAGGGCCAGCUAUGCUGCAGGCCCAGCCUCCAAUUACGCAGACCCCUACCGACAGCUGCAGUAUUGUCCUUCUGUUGAAUCACCAUACAGCAAAUCUGGGCCAGCCAUCCCACCAGAAGGGACCUUGGCUAGGUCACCUUCCAUUGAUAGCAUUCAGAAAGAUCCCAGAGAGUUUGGAUGGAGAGAUCCAGAACUUCCUGAAGUUAUACAGAUGUUACAGCAUCAGUUCCCUUCAGUACAGUCCAAUGCUGCAGCCUACUUGCAGCAUCUCUGUUUUGGAGACAAUAAAAUAAAAGCAGAGAUAAGAAGACAAGGAGGAAUACAGUUACUGGUGGACCUGUUGGAUCAUCGAAUGACAGAAGUCCACCGUAGUGCCUGUGGAGCUUUGAGAAACUUGGUGUAUGGGAAAGCAAAUGAUGACAACAAAAUUGCUCUGAAAAACUGUGGUGGUAUCCCAGCAUUAGUACGAUUGCUCCGCAAGACUACAGAUUUGGAAAUCAGAGAACUGGUCACAGGAGUUCUCUGGAAUCUAUCCUCUUGUGAUGCACUGAAAAUGCCAAUCAUCCAGGAUGCCCUUGCAGUGUUGACUAAUGCAGUGAUCAUCCCUCACUCGGGAUGGGACAACUCGCCCCUCCAGGAUGAUCACAAAAUACAGCUCCAUUCAUCACAGGUGCUGCGCAAUGCCACUGGGUGCCUAAGGAAUGUCAGCUCUGCUGGAGAGGAGGCCCGCAGAAGAAUGAGGGAGUGUGAUGGACUUACUGAUGCAUUGCUGUACGUGAUUCAGUCUGCUCUUGGGAGCAGUGAAAUUGAUAGCAAGACCGUUGAAAACUGUGUAUGCAUUUUGAGGAACCUCUCAUACAGGCUCGCUGCAGAAACAUCUCAGGGACAGCAGAUGGGAACAGACGAACUCGAUGGGUUACUGUGUGGUGAUGCUAAUGGCAAAGAUGCAGAGAGUUCAGGUUGUUGGGGCAAGAAGAAGAAGAAAAAGAAAUCCCAAGAUCAGUGGGAUGGAGUAGGACCUCUCCCAGACUGUGCAGAACCACCAAAAGGAAUCCAGAUGCUGUGGCACCCUUCAAUAGUCAAACCCUACCUCACACUUCUCUCUGAGUGCUCAAAUCCAGACACACUGGAAGGAGCAGCAGGUGCACUGCAGAACUUGGCUGCAGGAAGCUGGAAGGUAUGGACUACUACUCUGAACUUUUUAUACAUUCCACAAUCUCUUUUUCAAUCUCCCUCAUGCAAUAUCUCUUUACAGUGGUCAGUGUAUAUCCGUGCUGCCGUCCGCAAAGAAAAAGGCCUGCCGAUCCUGGUGGAGCUACUUCGAAUAGACAAUGACCGGGUGGUAUGUGCAGUUGCUACAGCUUUACGAAACAUGGCCUUAGAUGUCAGAAAUAAGGAGCUAAUAGGCAAGUAUGCCAUGCGGGAUCUGGUCCACCGACUUCCAGGAGGUAACAACAGCAACAGCUCAGCAAGCAAGGCCAUGUCGGAUGACACCGUUACUGCCAUUUGCUGCACUCUGCAUGAAGUUAUCACUAAAAACAUGGAGAAUGCCAAGGCCUUACGGGAUGCAGGAGGCAUUGAGAAGCUGGUUGGCAUUUCCAAGAGUAAAGGAGACAAGCACUCACCAAAAGUGGUGAAAGCAGCAUCUCAGGUCCUAAAUAGCAUGUGGCAGUACAGAGACCUGAGAAGUCUCUACAAGAAGGAUGGAUGGUCACAGUAUCACUUUGUAGCCUCAUCUUCAACAAUAGAGCGGGAUCGGCAAAGACCAUACUCUUCAUCACGCACGCCCUCCAUCUCACCAGUGCGCAUGUCUCCUAAUAAUCGCUCAGCAAGUGCCCCAGCCUCACCUCGUGAAAUGAUCAGCCUAAAAGAAAGGAAAACAGACUACGAAUCAACUGGAACAAAUGCCGCUUACCAUGGUAAUAAAGGAGAACACACUUCCAGGAAAGACACCAUGACAGCUCAAAAUGCUGGAAUCUCAACUUUGUACAGGAAUUCUUAUGGUGCACCUGCUGAAGAUAUCAAACACAACCAGGUUUCAACACAGCCAGUUCCACAGGAGCCCAGUAGAAAAGAUUAUGAACCGUAUCAGCCGUUUCAAAAUUCGACAAGAAACUAUGAUGAGUCCUUCUUUGAGGAUCAAGUGCAUCAUCGCCCACCUGCAAGCGAAUACAACAUGCAUCUGGGACUAAAAUCAACUGGCAACUACGUCGACUUCUAUUCAGCUGCUCGUCCCUAUAGUGAACUUAACUAUGAAACAAGCCACUAUCCAGCUUCUCCAGAUUCCUGGGUUUGA